CCACCUCAAGUAUGUCGGCGGCGAGACUCGCGUCAUCGCUAUUCCGCGCGAUAUCAAAUUUUCAGAUCUAUUGAAGAAACUGACUGCUCUAUUUGAUGGAGACAUGGUUCUAAAGUAUCAGUUGGUUCCUGAGGACCUUGAUGUUUUGGUGUCUGUGAGGUCUGAUGAGGAUUUAAAGCAUAUGCUUGAUGAAUAUGAUCGUCUCGAAAGCGAAGGAACGCCUAAACUUCGGUGUUUCUUAUUUCCUUCAAACCCCAUUGUUGUUGAGACGCAACCAUUCUCAACAGAGCCUCAAGCGAUUGAGCAACGUUAUCUCGAAGCAAUUAAUGGCAUCGUACGCUCCAGCUCCACCGCCAGCUCAAGACUCUCCCCUACCCGUGCUAACAGUAACCGCCCUACAUUCAGCAUUUCCUCUGCCUGCUCAUCCCCAAAAUCAUCUUCUCCAGAUGGUCAUACUGCUGAAUCAAUGGCUCAAGAAACAUUCUCUUGGAAUAGCAUCAAACCUAGCCUCCCUCCUAUGCAUAAGGUCCAUAGCUCUCCUAGCCUUUGCAGCAUCAACAACGUCCAACCUCCCGCCACCGUCUUUCCCGGUAGCAAACAUCACAUUCAGCAGCGUCAUUACCACUAUCAACAAAACCAGAUGCAGCAGCAUCACAAUGGCUACCAGUCUCAAAGACUUCCACCAGACUUUAACAGAAGUAAUGCCCCCGAAAGAGUUCCGAUGACCCUUUCGCCAUCGCCACCUAUGGGUAGAGUUGACGUUGGAAGGAGUCCAAUGGGUCCUAAUGUUAGCCACCAUUCAUCUGGUAGACAGCAGAGAGGAAUUGGAGUCUGGAACAAAUAUGGAUACUCUGAUGAGUUUGCAGUGAAUGGUUGUGGUAGGAUCGAUAGAACAGAGAGUAAUCAAUGGAGCUCGAGAAAGACGGUCUGGGAGUAACGAAACAAAUACGGUUGGUUAGUCUGUAGAUAAUUGGAAAGAAAAGAUGGUGAGUAUAGCCCUCUUUUGUUUGUGCUAUAUUAUGCUUGAUAAUCAUAUUCUUUUAUUCAUUGUCUUGCUUUGGUUGUGAACUAAAUUUCCCUAUGAAGGAAAUACUUGUAUAGAUGUGUAUAGGUUUAAAUUUCAUGUGCGGCUUGUGAUAUUUUUAGUUUAAUACUUGUAAAUGAAAGUUUCCAUGUGCAUAAUCUUGUUAUGCCCAACUGCUGAGAUUAUACAGAAUGUUGAUACAAUUAAGGAUUCGAAAGAUUGCAUAGCAUCAGAUUAUUACUUUUCAAAGAUGUAAGUUAGCUUUAAGGCCAUCCAAGUUGAAAAUUAGAUUGAAUCUUGAAGGCUACAACCAUUUUGCCCAUUUUUUGUAGCUUAAAUCAGAUCUGAAUGUUUAGUCUAUAGAAGAUCAAUGCAUCAAUUUCUUGUACAGGUUUAGAGAAUGUUCCUUUCCUCUCGCGUUUCCGCUCGAGUUUCUAGAGGCAAGAUGGUUAUA